AUGGUUAACUUCGGUAAUGUUGAAGCAAUUCCACGUUCUGGUUCAGUCUAUACUUGGUCAAAUAACCAAGAUGGAGAUAGCAGAAUUUAUUCAAAGAUUGAUCACGUCUUUGCAAAUGAGGAGUGGUUUGAUAUGUUCCCUAAUUCUAAAGUCUUAUUUAGAUGGGAGACCAUCUCAGAUCACUGCUCAUGUACUAUUGCUACUGCUAGUUCUAACAAAAUAGGGUUCAAACCCUUUAGAUACCACAACUUUUGGGUCAAACAUUCUGAGUUUAAAGCAGCUGUCAUGAAGAAUUGGGAGAAGCCCAUAGCUGUUAAGGGUAUCCUUGCUCUUUAUCUCAAGCUUAUGAGAUUAAAGCAUUGUCUCAAGAAUUUUAGCCGUGACUUCAUAGGAGAUAUUGGGAAGACUAACCAUGCCGCAAAGAAUGAAUUUCAUGAAUCCAAACUACUUGCUCAAUCUCACCUAAGGGAGCCUCUUUUUCUUGAAAAAGAGAAGCUUGGUGCUGAAAAUUUCUUGUGUAAAGAGAAGAUGUAUCACAGCUUUUUAAGGCAACAUAGCAAGAUAACUUGGCUUCAUAAAGGUGAUGAGAACACUUCUUUUUUCCAUGCUUGUUUGAAGAAAAGAAAAAUUGAGAACAGAAUAACCUCAUACAUUACUGAACAGGAAAUUAUUGUUGAUAAUUUCCCUAAAGUGGUUGAUCAUUUUGUGUCUCAUUUUCAGGGCUACAUGGGGAGCCCUCAUCUUAAUCUUAAUCAACAACUCGCUCUUCUGAAGCCCUUCACUAACAAGGAAAUCAAGCAAGUUCUUUUCAGCAUACCAGACACAAAAUCACCCGGAGCUGAUGGUUACGGAUCUAGAUUUUUCAAUCAACUCCAGCCUGACUUGGGAGCUGAAUUUUGCUCUGCUAUGAAUAGUAUAGGUUUCAUGCCCUUAGAGCUUCAUUCAACACUUAUUUCUCUUAUCCCCAAACAUGAGAAUCCAACUAGUUCCGUUGAUUACAGACCAAUAGCCUAUUGUACCAUUGUGUAUAAGUGUAUCUCAAAAUUGUUAUGUACUAGACUUGCAAUGGUGCUACCAAAUCUGAUUAAUCAAAACCAAGGAGUGUUUAUUCAAGAAAGGUUCAUAGCUCACAAUGUGAUGAUUCUCCAGGAUCUUUUGAAGAAUUACAAGAGGAAAAUGUCUCCCUACGAUGCAUUAUCAAAAUUGACAUUAGCAAGGCUUAUGAUAUUAUCAACAUCCUAUUCUAUAGUUAUGAAUGGUAGAGUUGAAGGUGGGCUUAAAGGGGAAAAAGGAGGAAACAACCCUGCAUUGUUUAGUCACUUGCAAGGCGGUUCAAUUAUGUUGGAACCGUGUAGGAAUUGGCACAGCUCUAACACCUGGUGCAUCAUUUCUCGACCGGUGCAUCACUACUUUCAAGCAGUAAGUUCGGAGCAGAAAGGUCUUAUGGCUGCUGUUUGUUGGGCUAUAUGGGGAGCCCGAAAUAAUCUCGUUUGGCAAAAUAAAGAAUUUAACCCAGGUAACGUUGUUGUGUUUGCUAAGUCGUAUCUUGAUCAAUGGAAGAAUGCUAGAAAAUCCAACAUGGAUGCAUCAUGGUCUGAAUAUCAGAUAGGUAAUGGGAGAGAGCAUUGGACACCACCAAAUGUCAAUAGUAUCAAGAUUAACAUGGACGCGACAUUGUUCGAGGGCGGUCAUAGUUUUGGCAUGGCCUUGUGGCCCGAGAUUCUAAUAGGAUGCUUAUUGAAGGUAGAACUUCCUUUCCCCUUAGUAUGGUUGAACCAUCUCUUGCUGAAAAUAUAG